AUGAAGAAAAAAAAAGUCGUCAAGUUGAAGGAGGAAUAUGUGCCGAAAGGGAACUACUUUAGCAAAGAUGCCCUGUUGACCAACAUUUUCAUGCAGAGCGCAGAGAACGUGCUGUCGGAAGUCGAGUCGAAGAAUUCCCAGCUGAUAGUUAACUGUAUAAACAAGUUGCACAAAAAAAAUCUGCAAACGAAGUUGAAGGCCAUAAGUGAACUAAUUCUGCACCUGAGCAAGUACGACGAAGACGAAGUGAGCCACUUGUUCUCCUCCUUCAUAAGCGUGUACAAAAAGUUGAUCUAUCACCCGAACUAUGGCCUGAGGGAAAACCUAAACCUGUGCCUGAAGCUGUUCAUAGUGAAAGUUAAGGCGAAGAUCAAGCCCCACCUGAGUGUGUUCUUGCCGCCACUCUUUGUGUCUCUCUUCGACUACAGCAAAAAUGUAAAACACAUCGCGGGAGAAAUUCUUCUCAUCAUAUUCCCCCCAAAAGGGAAGACCCAAGAGUCGAGGGGGGUGGAAGACCAAGUCAGGCAGCAUCCAACGAAGGCAAAAAAAACACAACCGGGAAAGAUACGCCUGCAGGAGGAACUGAAGCUCUACGGAGGGAUUAAAAAUUUGAAGGUGAAUUUGACGAACCUCUAUAAUUGCCUCAAGUAUGUUGGCGGUCCCCUCUGUGAGGAAGUCACGAGGAAUUUGAAAAAUAAAAAGAACGACGAGGAUUACGAUUAUGGUGUGUACCUUUUCAACGUGGUCUGUUUUUAUCCAUCCCUUUUGUACAUGCUGGUGAAAAUUGCUAAGGGGGGUGACGACGAAGGGGGGAAGACGAAGCACCCUGUGGAAAAUCACCCCGUGGAAAACCGCCCUGCCAAAGAAUGCAACGAUAGGACGGCGUCCCCAAACCGUAGAGACGUCAACUCAGUGAAGCAGUUCAUCCGAAAGGAAUUUCCCAACUUCGUUAGCACGUUUAACCUCUUCUUCAAUGCAGUUAACUCAAUUUACAAAGAAAGCAAAGACAACGAGCGGGUAAAGAAAAUGCUCUUCCUGUCCGUCUACAAUAUUAUAUACUUGCUGAAGAAGUAUAAACUGAACUACUCCGAUUUUGAUGAAGAAAAAGCGAACUCAUCCAUCUUCAAUUACAUUUCUUGUGUCAUCAGCAAUAAAGAUGAGUACAUCCUGAAACAUAUAAACCACUUGUUACUGUUGUAUUUUUUCUCGGAGAAUAAAAAAAUGAUUAAUGAGAAUUUUUUGAAAUGUUACUUGUCCCUAAUUAAGCACAACAAAAUUGCGAGGAAUGACAUUUUUAAUUACAACAUUUCUUUGUUCAUCUUUAUUUUUGAGAAGACUGUUUACUACGACUUGUUGCAGCAUCUUCUUGGCUACUUUGCGGAGGCAACCCAUGGGAGCAGCCUCAGCCAAAGCGAAGACCGAGGUGCCCAGUACUCCCUUUCCGAAUCGGAUUGCUACACUGUGCUCAGCGAAAGCAUCUUACACCUGCCAUUAGAAACGAUCCUUGCUCAGAAAGUCGGCGUCACCUACAAAUGCUCAUUCGACAGGGGACACCAUCUAUGUGAGGCUCUCUCCAACAUAUACUACUGCCAGAAGAAGAAGCCAAGUAAGGACGGUAAGGACAAGGAUCAAUUUGAAGAAUUAAAGAGGAAAAUAAUUGCGGAGAAUCUGGAGGAGGAUCACUUCAUCCGUACGUAUAGCAACUUUCUCAAGGUGUCCAAAUGUGGAGACAUAAUAGCUCUCAGUUGUUUGUGCCUGCUGAGUCAGUACACGAGCGACCUGGCGAAAGAGUUCAGGGCAGGUGAAACGUCGGAAUGUGGAAGACUCGCUAACCCGUCCGGGGGAUCCCACCCAAGUGUGAACGAUUCUACAGUUGGAAGAUCCUCCCAAAGUAGUGGCAACCCCAGCGGAAGACACAAAUAUCACAGCGCGGUUGACUUCAUUUUGAACCUUCUAACAGAAUUGAAAGGGGUGGUGUUACCACCAGGGGUCCAUGUGGACAGCCCAGGAGAUGUAGCCAACCAAAGCAAUGGCGCUGUCAGGAUAGCCUUCAUUCGCACGUUGAAGAGCACCUUCAAAAUCGCCUGCCUGAUGGUGGAGGAAAGAAAUUACGAUGCCGUUGGAAUGGUGAAGAAGCAUUGGGGCAUUCUCGAGUUUCUCUUGGCGCAGGGGGAAGUAGAGGACGAAGAGGUUUCGCUAGAGUGGGUCUUCUUCAUUUUUAUGGAUUUCUUGAAGUGGCGCAGACGUGGGGAGAGGGAGAAGGCGAACCUUGCAGAAGGGGUAGCGGAUGGGGGAGACGCCCUGUUCAGCUCCCUGGACGUUAGUUUGAACCUCUUGGCGUUCAUUUGCUCCAAGGGGGGGAAGUCCUGCGAUGCCCUGGCGGGGACCCUUCAGGAGGCCCUUCUUGGAGUACCCCCAACUGACGAAACGGUGGAGAAGCAGCUAGCCAUCUGCGUGAAGCUGAUCAAUUUUAUGAGGAAGGAGCGCACGAAGUUUUUCGACCUCUCGGAGAAGGCCCUGGAAAUAUACAGUUACUACCUCCUGCAGGGUUGCACUUCACUGAAGGCGUUUUACGCCGCCGUGCAGGGCGACGCAGAAGACGAGCCCGACCUCUUUGGAGAGCAGUUCUACAAAGGUGUGUUCCAUGCGUAUAGGAAAAAAAUGCACUUGAGUAGAGCCCUCCCGGAUGAAGAUUUUUCCUUCUUCUUCUCCUCAUAUGCAUUGAGAACGAGGAGGGAGAUUGGCCCACUGGACGAUAUGCACCUACAUUUGCUGUUUGGAACUCUCCUCAAUGUGAAAGACGAACAUGUAGAAAGACACACAAAGGAUUUGUUAGUGUCGACAAAACUCAGUAAGGAGAGUUUAUUCUCCUUCCUGGAGGUAAUGCGGGAUGUGUACGGAUGGUGUAGGGAGAACGAUGAAGAGGAGAGAAGGGGGAAAAUGUGGUCCUCUUUCACGUCCACCAUGAACCGAUUUGAAGAUGAUUAUGAGGAAAGCGAAAGUGACGACAUGAGUGAAAUGGUCGAGGGGGACCAUUUCAAGAUUGGCCUACUUGUCAGUAACUCUUCGGUAAGGCUAACCGGCAUUGGUCAGGAGGAGGAAGAAGAAGAGGAAGAAAACACGGAUGCCGCUUUACCUAGCACCGAUUUGAAGAGGGAAGACGAGGAGCGUCCCACAAAAGGAAUUGUCCGACAAAAGAACAAUGAAGAAACAUUCUUGUCAUUACGCAGAAGGGAUAUCGUAAAUCCGAGAUUCAUAGAGCGACUUCUAAGUGUGUACAAACUGUAUUACCAAGUGGAAUCUUUUUCCGUUGGCCACUUGAAGGGAUUCACCAUGCUAUGCUUUGAGGCAACCAUUCCAGGGGCAGCUGAGGAGCAGCCCCAGAAGGAGUCACACAGAAGCGAACUAUAUCGAUUCGACCGUUUCUACCAUUUUGCCUAUGCCAACAUCAGGAGGAAAUCGUUGUUCUGUCACAUCUUCAGCUUGAAAGAUAAGAUAGAAACGGAUGAGGGGGAAGAAAUGGGGAUGCUGAAUCUGCUCAUUUAUGUGUAUAGGCAGCUGGAGAGGGGAAACAGUCGGAGGAAGUUGCCCGUCAAGCAUGUUCCUGCGAAGCAUGUUCCUGCGAAGUAUGUCCUUUCCACCCAUGUUAGCAUAUCCGACCUGGUGUGCGUCAUGAGGCAGGUGAAUAACUGGGACGUGCUCAACAUCUGUCGGGACAUCCUCAGGGAUCGACGAGUCAAUGGGGAGCUGUCCGCCGAUGCGCUGAGGGACGUCAUUCGCGAGCUAGACAACUUUAAAGUGAAGAGCGUCUUCGACUUGCCGCUGAAGGUGUUCCUGUUUGAGGAGUGCCUCCUGGGGGAUAGCGACCUGAGCGGCAGCGAUGGCACAGGAGGAGGUGUUGUAGGAGGAGGAGACCUCGUUGAAGGAGACGCGAAGCAGUACGAAGAAGAAAUGGCCAAGCUGAAGGAGCGACUGCCGCGCAGCCUCCACACCUACGUGGAGAAGAACCUCUCCCUGACCGUCAAAGGAGAGCUGCCCUGCUUAAACCUUCUCCACCACUUGAUAUGCAUCAGCAGCACGUUCCGAGACGUUAAUCUUUUCGAGUGUGCCAUCGUGAGGAGGAAGGUACUCCUAGGGCUGGCCCUCCAGUAUGUUACUUGGAAUAACUUUGACGUGUUCUUUUGUUGCCUUGGCUUUGAUGGAGAAAGCAUUCCAAAGGAUGGAGAAAGCAUUCCAAAGGAGGGAGAAAGCAUUCCAAAGGAUGGAGGAAGCAUACCCAACGGUGUGCUCCCGAAUGGAGACCUCCCGAGUGACGCCCUUCCAAGUGACUCCCCUCUGCAUGACCCCCUCCCGAGUGAUCCCCCCCUGCGUGACGACCACCGCGUGGAGGAGGCCUUCCGCAAGUUUCUCUGCCAUCUGAAAAACUUCUACCGAAAAAUGCACGACGAGCAGAGCGCACUGCAUAGGCAGAAAUGGAGGGUCCUAAAUGAAACCUUGAAAGGAAGUACCAGCGGUAGGAAGGUACCCCCUGCAGUUGAGAGAAAGCUAAAGAGACAGAAAAGCAGGGACAAAAAAGUCGAAGGCAAAAGGGAGUCCCACCAAUUACUCCAUUCGAAGAUGGGCAUACAUUUUUUGAAGUACACAUAUGUGAAGUGUGAAAUGGAGAACAAAACAUAUCUGUCGACAUUUAAGGAGACAGAGAAAAUCACAGCAGACCUGAGGAAGAUCCUUUACUUCAUUCUCUCGAUUAGUUGCUAUGACGACGGAUUAGUGGAUGGUGAAAUGGUGACGCUGGCGACACAAAUGCUGAAGCUACUACUACAGUUUGAUGUGCAAAAUGUUAAGUCGAUUUACAAAAUAUAUUUUUUCUCUCUUCCAAUCAGUGUUACCCACUUUUCCGACUACCUCACGACGGACAUUUUUCGUCUGCAUGAAUUGAAACUAAGUAAGGAUGGAUUGUCCAAGCUGAUGAGGAAAAUGCUGGACCUUUAUGUAAACACGUAUUACUUGUUUAUCCUCUUUUCCAAUGUGGACAAGUGCAGAGAUAGCAGCUUUUUCGUUGACAAGACGCUGAGCAUUCUGCUAAUGAAUUGCCUUUUUUUUGCUGAACUGCAUAAAUUGAGAGGCUCCCAUAUGUUUAAGUUUGCCAUGAUAAGUUCCUUUUUGCACAUUAAUGAAGGGGGGAACAACCUAUUUUUGCUUUCCGCUGCAGGGGGGGGUGUUGAUGGGCAUGCCUGCCGAGUGUUGGGGGUGGAACCCGAUGUGGGUGCGAAUGCGGAUGCAGCAGGUGUGGGGGGGACCCCAAGGAGAAGUGAACACUCCCUGCGGAGUGGCCAUCCCAUGCCAGGUGACAAGCUGUGUAGCCUCUCUGACGAUAGCGAUGACGCCCUUUUGAGCGAGCCUGAUGGAGGAGGCCCACCUACCGCCGGCCUCUCCAAAAGAAAGAGCAAAGAACCCCCAGUGAGAGAAGAAAAUGACGUAAGAAGAAGAGGAGGGCCUCCAGACAGCAGCAGAGAGGACAGUCCCACGUUGAGCCCCACCAGGGUGAUGCAAAACUGCCAAGAGGAAGAGGCUCAGGAUGAGGAUAACCAGAAGGAGGAGACACCACGUACUGAUGGCAGUCGAGAGGAUACUCCUCAAUCUGUACGUUUGUGUGCCGUAGCCAACCGCCCUAAGAGGGAUGAUAAUAGUUGCAAAAGAAAAAUGAUCCCUUUGUAUGCUUUGAAGAACCAACUGAAGAAUCCAUCCCUCCUAAUCGAUCUGAACAAAAAUAUAAUCGAUUUGUAUUCAUUCGUCCUCGAGUUAAACUAUUUGAAGGUCCUUCUCUCCAUGCUAAACAUAUGUCUGUCCGCUGAGUAUUUUAUUUACGAGCCGGAGUUGCACCAGCAGUUUUUGGCCUUCCUCGAAAGUCACAAUUUUUGCGUGGGUGAUUUUUUGAGUGAUAUUAAACGUGUCGGCGACAUCCUCGAGGGGGAUGCAGCGAAGAACAAGUGGGAAGGCAGCUCAUCCAGGCGGAAUGAGAUGGAAAAGACGCCCUUCCCGAGAAAAGAUCGAAACAAGUUCUACCUCUUUCUGCUCGCCCUGCACCUUAUCCUGCGUCUCAUAACGAUUUACCCCAACGAGUGCAUCACGAUAACGAACGAAACGAAGCUACACGACAUUGUCAACUUCAACAAGAUCCUUUUUUCAAAUAUAAUCAUCACAAAUCAGCUGAACGAGCUGAGACAAAUUUCGACUGACUACAUUAAUACCACGUUCCAGUAUGACCCCCUUACGAAGACGCUCAUGUUUAAGUACAAGAUGAAGGAAGACGACAGUGAGCAGUUCGAGGACGUAACUGCCAAGUUGACGCUGCUCUUCCUUCCGAACUACCCUUUCUCGCACCUGGUCAUAAGUGACAGGAUUGAGUCUCUAGACAAGAAGGCCCACGUGCACAACUCCAUCAAGAGCAUGUAUAAAUAUGCCCGGACGGGCAACAUCAACGAGAUGUUCGUAAAAUUUGACAGCAUUAUGAAUGGCUACUUUGAGAAUAAGUCGCAAUGCAACAUCUGUUUCAUGAUUUUGUACGAGACGAAGACCUGCGACAAGGCCUGCUCCCAGUGCGGCACUUCCUACCAUAGCUACUGCCUACACAAGUGGUUCCUGACGUCCCACAAUACCAAGUGUCCCUCGUGCCAAAUGCAGUUCACUUAG